AUGCCGCAAAAACCGAUGCGCCUGCCGCCUGUCAAGGUCCUUCGUGUUCGUAACCCCAACGGCAAGGUAGAGCAGCCUUGCAUGCAGGUCAUGACCUCAGUUCUUGCAUGCUGGGCCUCGGCAGGCUACAACACCUCUGGCUGCGCCGCCCUCGAGAACGCCCUGCGCGGCUGCAUGGACCAGCCCAAGAAGCCCAAGGAGCCUUCGUCCACCGUCAACUACCACCUCGGCCGUAUGUACGACAAGAUGAUACCCCACUCCAAGGGCAAGUAA